GCGUUCAGCUGUUUUAUGAAUAGUUUCUCGUUGCUCGUAUAAUUGUUGUAUGUUGUGAGACAUUUUGGCGAACGAUUCAUUAUUUUCUAUCGAAAUGUGCAAUGUGGAUUUGUGAUUAGUUGAGUGUUGCGUUGCCAUAAAUAAAAUAAUUGAACGUUUUUCGAGUAUUAGGAGUUCUGUUUUGUCUGUCACCAAGUCCCUUUGUUGACUGUAAUUAUAAUUAUUCGUAUUUGGAUAUUUUGAUUUGGUUAAUCAAAUCCAUUACUUGAUAGAUUAUAUUAUUGCGAACUCUUGUCAAGUAAAAUAAUUUUUUGACUAUGUCGUUUUACGUGGAGGAAGAAUGUUAUCGUGAAAUGUAUGCCGCGGCGAUUAAUCUCUUGUACGGAAUGCCAUUCAACACGAGGUUCCCAGACCAAUGUGAAGAAAUGGAUGCUCCAGCCACCGAACCCUUAGCGCAUCCGUAUGACGUUGCAUCGAAAUACAUUCUGAAUUCCAUGGAACGUACUAAAUGUACUGAUCCUUUAACCAAUUUUACUUGGUACUCGAUGCUCUUCUUCAAUACGAAGAAAUUUGCUGUAGCUCUGACCUGCGAAGACGCGGUCAAGAUGUUGAGAAACGCUCCAGACGGAGAGGAUGGUUAUUAUGUGAUGGCAGAAAAUACCUUUCUUAAAUGCUUCAGUGUUGAUCGCACGUAUACCAGAUAUCAUAUUGCUAUGGGAGGCCAAGUUUACGAAGCUAUCGUUCAGCUAUUUGGAGUAGAAGAGAUCAGUAUGCAAAUUAAACAUUUCAGUCAACAUUGCAAGUUUAAAACGCAGAAUUUAAAUCGCGACCAGUUCCGAAAGAUAGAGAUGAGUACGAUAAGAUGGUUUGUGGACCAUUUGAGUAGUGAAUUCAGAGAACCGUUAGCGUGUGCACUUCAAGAUGAAGCGCCUUCAGCUAGUGAGGAAGACUCGAGGUGAAGUUCUUUGCAUUGCAAUACCGCUAUAGCUCCUAAUAAAGUACCUACGUAUAAUUUUUACACCAUCGAUUCCGGUAUUUCCAGUAGUUCAAACUAAUCAACCGGCCAUCAAGCAAACAAAGAAAACUGGCGACGAAAAAUACUGGUGGUAGAAUUUGUAAUGCAGCUAAUAAAAAUUUCCUAUGAAGUGA